GAAAGCAAUAAUUCCUCCUCUUUCUGCCCUCCGACAUCACAAGUCACUUCUCCUCUCCUCUCCUCUCCUCUCACCCACUACAAAAAUAAAAACCGCAGGGCGCUGACCUUUAUAGCUCCUCUCAAAUCUUGCCCUAACUCUCACCAAGAUGAGAUUUUGAUCAUCAAAUCACCGAUUUCUCCAAAAAACCCAUCAUGGGUCUGGUUCAAUUGUCCCCAAACUCCCACUGCAACUGCUACAAAGUCCCUGGGCUUGCGGAUCCAAUCAUAGAAACCCCCAAUUUCUCUUAUUUACAAGAUAAGUACGUUCUCGGGGAUCAAUUGGGCUGGGGUCAAUUUGGGGUGAUCCGUUCUUGCUUGGAUUUGGUCACCGGAGAGAGGUUAGCUUGUAAAUCGAUCGCAAAGGAUCGGUUGGUCUCGGCUGAGGACUUGAGGGGUGUGAAGCUGGAGAUCGAGGUGAUGGCGAAGCUCUCGGGGCACCCGAAUGUGGUGGAGUUGAAGGCUGUGUAUGAGGAGGAAGGGUUUGUGCAUUUGGUUAUGGAGCUUUGUGCUGGAGGGGAGUUGUUUCAUUGGAUUGAGAAGUUUGGGAGGUUCUCGGAGGCCGAUGCGAGGAGAAUUUUCAGGGAUUUGAUGGAGGUUGUGGUGUAUUGUCACGAGAAUGGGAUUGUGCAUCGAGAUCUUAAGCCGGAGAAUGUUUUGUUGGCGACGAGGGAGAGGUCGUCGGUGAUCAAGGUUGCGGAUUUUGGGUUGGCUACUUAUGUUGAGCCAGGGAAGAGCUUAUAUGGUACUGUGGGCAGUCCUUUCUACAUAGCACCAGAAGUAUUAGCUGGUGGAUACAAUGAAGCGGCGGAUGUGUGGAGUGCUGGAGUUAUUCUAUACGUUCUUCUAAGUGGAAUGCCUCCAUUUUGGGGGAAAACAAAGUCAAGGAUCUUUGAAUCUGUGAGGUCUGCUGAGCUUCAGUUCCCUUCUGACCUUUGGGAUAGCGUAACAGAAUCUGCAAAGGAAUUGAUCUCUGGCAUGCUGUGUAGGGAUCCUGCAAAGAGAUUUACUGCCAAGCAGGCUUUAGAUCAUUCGUGGAUAAAGGACUUUGCUCAUCAAGCACAAAGCUCCAACGAGCAUCGCAGUAUAACAAAUUUUGGACAAAAACAGAACUCAGGAUCGUGUUCCUUUUCAACCCUUCAUGUAUCCACAUCCCGUGAUGUUAGCUUCGGUUUUUCUUCACCCAUUUCUUGUCAUAGUCAGACCGAUCCUUCUUCCCCUAGAUUCACUUGUCAAUCAUCAUUUUCUACUUAUUGUGAUAAUGUCCCUCCCACAAUUGGCUUCUCCUUCCAGAACAAUUGUGAGUCUAAUGUCCAAUUGAUGCCUAAUUUCUCAUUUUUCAGUCCCCCUCCUUCAGAUGAUCAAGAAAUUGCCCAGAGAGAUUCAAGCAUUGUUGAAUUGUGCGUGUCCAUAAAUUCCGCAAAUGACAAGGAACCAGAACGCAAGGGGGUUGAAUUCACCACGAUUAGUAUCCGAAGCAAGAGAAAUCACACAAUUGGUCUCGGUGAGCAGCUUGAUAUCAUGGUAUCAGAGACAGUGAUACGGUGGGCUUCAUGCACGGGCCUCCCAAGUGCACCAUCACUUCGAGCCUCCCUCGUUUGCUGACAUUUUGUGAACCUUGACCUGAUUUAUAGGAGCUCGAUUGAUUGUAGGACUUUUCUGCUGAGUGAUUCGAAGUUGAAAGUUGGCGGUUCUGAUAUUUUUGAGCGGCAGCAGGUCUUCGUUGUGUCGCUCAAAGUAUUGAUGUAUUAAUGGAGAUAAUUUGUCCACUAAUCGAUAAUUUACUUGUGGUUUUGGAGUGAACAGUAGCUUACGGGGUGUUUUUACUAUGAAAAAUUGCUUACUGAAAAAUCAAAGUUUGAAAAAUACACGGCUAUUGAAAUUUUUAUGGAAAAGUCAAUAGUCUGUAAAUAUCCUUA